GAUCAUUAGUUUAUAACAAUGCCUAGGGAUAUACGUAUGCACAAUAGCUAAGCAAAGUGCCUAAAGGGAGUUGACUUGCAGCUAAGGUAGGCUAUCGCAAAACACGUCGUCGUGGGAAUAAAUGCACAUACCUCCGCGCACAACACGAAAUUUUUAAUCUUGAACACUUUCGCAAACCACGCAUACCAUCACACUCGCACCACGAAACCAUCAAAUUCCAUCACAUCCAUCAAUUACUAUCAUUGCCAUCGAUCAAAAUGUCGAGCAACAAUCCCCACCAGACCAGCGGCAAUCAGCCCAACCCAUCCUUCUCGCAGCCCCAGCCUAACAAUGCCGGCAAUGAAGCCCGUAACAACCAAUCCCCGGCUACCAAGAGAACUAAAAGAGCCGAUGGAAAUUCUAUCCCAGUCCAACCAGCUGAUCAUAAAAAGGACAAUGUAAAAGUAUUGGCCAGGUAUUUCACUACGACCGCAGGUCUCUCGACAAUGACGAAUAAUUACAUAUCCACCCACGCACCAGAUACCAAAACGCUAGCUUUGUUCAUAACGCUGCCCAAGGAAAAUCCCGGCCAGAGCAGCGGAGAUCAUAUCGGCGUCAAGCUACUACCAUUCGACGACGAUCUCGUCGUAAAAGGAAGCCUGAAAAGAAAGGCGGACGAUCGCACCCUCUGCGCGAACUGCCGUAAGGAUACUCACGUCCUCGCGGAUUGCGUCUGGCCAGUUCAUAGAAAAUGGGGCGACAUCUUCGGCUGCCCAAUCUGCAACACGAAGGAUCACCGCUUCGACUAUUGCCACAGCCAGCCUAGCCUAGACGAUUGGGCCAGGUUCGAGCUUCUCGUCCUCAGGCGAGCGGGAAAGUGCAUGAUCCGCUCCGACUGCGAAGUCUACAAGCUGGCUUUACAAUUCAUCCGGGAGGGCAGAGUCAACCCUGCCGAGCUAACAAUGCCGUGGACGCGCUCCGGCGCCGUGGCUCUGUUUGACCAGCCAGAAGCCGUUGCCACACUUGAGGCGUGGCACUACCAGAAUCCACGAGCUCAAGUAGUCGUCGACCCUAACAGCACUCCCGCCGCCCUCGACGGGCUCGCAACCUUGACGGGUGGCGACUUUACUUCUUUCUGCGCCGCAGCAAGGCGGGCCGAAAAGGAGCAGAAAGCGCAAGCGAGGCAGCACCCCCAGCCCGCUCAACCUGGCGCGCCGAAUAAGCCUCCACUCGCAUCGUCGCCACUUUCCUUUUCCUUGUCAGCCCUAAACGAAUGAAAACGUGAUGUGGCAACACAGCCGCAACCAAGUAUUGAUAACGAAGCCAUAACUACCUCUCGGUUUCGCGUCUCGCCCGAUCUGCGGCGAUAGGCAUCAGC